CUACUACUAUAUAUGGCAUAGAGAGAGAUUUUUUCAUUCGUUGGGCACUGGUCUAAAAAAGUGUCCCAACAGCUAGAACAUGAUCCCUCCUAAGGAGAGACCGAGAAGCAAAGGACCUGGCAACCCAAACCACCGAUUCAGCUUGUUAACCCGCUGACUUGAUAAAGGGGCUUAGCGAAACGCGUGUCGUCGUCGUUCCCAACCGCGGUGGCCGGUAGGCGUUUUAGCUUAGCCGCCGCCAGUUAGCCGUCCAGGGCAGUCGGCAGGUCAGAAGUCAACGAGAAAACUGGAAUGGAACAGAAACAAGUUCAGGAAAAAAAAAGAGAGAGAAUACGUACAACAAGAGUAAUCAAACGCUUGGAUGCGUGGACCACGACCGGUCAAAGGGCUCGCCAGUUUGCCACCGUCCUCUGUCCUCUUCUCCCCUCGUCACCAUCAUAUCCUCCCGUCCGGCCGUCCCCCCGUUCCAUCCCAUUCCCUUGUUCACUCUUCGGUCAGACGGUCAGGAGGUCCCUCUCCCUCCAUAGUCCAUCCCCAAUCGGCUAUGCAACCAUUCCUCCUCCUGCUACUCGCUUCCUUCUCCUUCCUCCUCCCGCCGCCGGCGGCCAGCGCGGCAGAGUCGUCAGGCUGCUGGCCCAAGGCAUGCGGGGAGCUCAACAUCACCUACCCGUUCUGGCUGGAGGAGCCCGGCAAGCCGCCGUGCGGACCGCCGUCCUUCAAGCUCAAGUGCAGCAGCAACCGCGCGUUCUUGACCAAAUCCGUGUACCAGGCGUACGAGGUGCUCAGCAUCUUCCCCAGCAACAAAUCCUUCCAUGUGGUGGACCACAACCUCCCUCUCGACACCGGCUGCCCACCGCCGACGAUGAACAUCUCGCUCUUCUCGCCCAGGACGUUCGUCUUCAGCAGAGCCAAUAAGGAGCUGCUCUUCCUCGGCAAGUGCACGGGGGGUUCUACGCCGGCGAACUCGACUGGGUUCCAUAGCCUGGCCUGCGACAACAGUUCCUUCGUCCGGCUCGGCGACGGCCGGGAGUUCUCGAGCGACGGCAUCCAUGGCGGCAUCCCGCAGGGCUGCCUCUUCGCAGUCGUGCCCGUUCUCGGUGGAAAUGGGGACGACUACAUCGCUAGCAUGAAGAAUGGGUUUCUCGUGGAGUGGAAAGUGGAUCCAGACGAUUGCCUCGAGUGCAUGGCACGCGGCGGGGAAUGCACUUACGGCGGCGACAGGGCCACCAAGUUCGACUGCGAUUGCUCCGGUGACAAGUGCGGAGCAAGAAGCAGAAAAAAUAUGGUAAUCGGAAUUGUAUGUGGAGUAGGAGGCGGCAUUCUAUUGGUAGCAUGCUUCUUUUUUGUGUGGCACAAGCGCAAGAGGAGGAAACAGGCCAGAGCAUCAAAUGGCUUCAUGCGUAGUGAAUCUUCAAUGCAGUCAUAUAGCAAAGACCUUGAGUUGGGUGGCUCUCCACAUAUUUUCACUUAUGAGGAACUUGAAGAAGCUACUGAUGGAUUUAGCGACUCGAGGGAACUUGGUGAUGGUGGUUUUGGAACUGUUUACAGAGGGAAACUCCGGGAUGGGAGAGUAGUUGCAGUUAAGCGCCUGUACAAGAACAACUACAAACGGGUUGAACAAUUCAUAAAUGAGGUAGACAUUUUGUCCCGCCUCCACCACCAGAACCUAGUCAUCCUAUAUGGCUGCACAUCUCGUAGCAGUCGUGACCUUAUGCUCGUGUAUGAGUUCAUCCCUAAUGGGACGGUUGCAGACCAUCUUCAUGGAUCCCGUGCAUCAGAACGUGGUCUUACAUGGACUCUAAGGAUGAACAUUGCCAUAGAAACAGCUGAAGCACUCGCAUACCUCCAUGCAGUCGAAAUCAUACACCGUGAUGUUAAGACCAACAACAUACUGCUGGACAACAGCUUCCACGUCAAAGUUGCGGACUUUGGGUUGUCACGCCUGUGCCCUCCUGAAGUCACCCAUGUAUCAACUGUCCCACAGGGCACACCAGGCUAUGUCGACCCAGUGUAUCACCAGUGCUACAAGCUAACUGAGAAGAGCGAUGUGUACAGCUUCGGUGUCGUCUUGGUCGAACUCAUAUCCUCUAAACCAGCUGUUGACAUGACCAGGAGCCACAGCGAUAUUAACUUGGCCAACAUGGCUCUCAACAGAAUUCAGAACCACGAAGUCGAUCAACUGGUUGACCCUGAGCUCGGGUACAAGACUGAUGAUGAAACAAAGAAAUCGAUAGAUCUCGUUGCUGAGUUGGCAUUUCAGUGUUUGCAGCUAGAAAGGGAUUCACGGCCGUCAAUGAAGGAAGUAGUGGAGACCCUCAACUGUAUCAAGAAUGGGGAUUCCCCAGAGACUAAGAUGGAUAAGACCUCCUCAUCUCCCAAGGAAGAUGUACAUUUGCUGACGAAUAACAUACAGUUUUCGCCUGACUCGGUAAUCCACAGAUUCCAUAGCCAAUCAACCACGCAUUCGGUGGCAUCAAAUGCUAGCGGAUGAGAUACCUUGUAUAUAUACUGAUCCUGAAGAAAUAAAGCCCUAUUGGACGAACUGUAUACAGUAUAGAGAUUUGUUAAUGAGCUGAUUCAUCUGGGUAACUUGUUUCCUUUUUCUCUGUUGACUGGUUCGUGGUGUAAAGUCAUGUUGUAUGUAGCCACAGCAGGUGCUUGGCAUAAAUUGAAACAUUAGGCAAAGUAGUAGAAUCAGUAUGAGGCCAAAAAUUGUACUAUAGUGACUGUUUUUUCGUUUUGAGAAAAGAAGGGGGACUGUCGAAUGACAGAAUUGGAGCAACACGAAAACGAAGAAAUCAAGCUGUAUACUGAGUACUCUAAUUGGCUGACAGGCCAGUAUUUGGUUCACUAUGUUUGAGUUUGUGGUGACCAUGUACUUUGUGGUCUGUUAGGCACAAUCACUCCCAUUUGAUAUGAUCAACCGCAUUCGCACUUGUGUGCAGUCAAUUUGUGUGAGAGGGGACAUGAUCAUCUGAAUGCAUGUAUAUAUGGGUGAUUUUGGCA